AUGAUGCUGAGAUCGCUCCCAAAGCUCUCUAUCAUCUUCCCUUCGAGCAACAAUCCUCGCUAUCUUGCAAAUGUUGCUCAACGCUUUAUAUCUUCAGCAACCAGAAGAACAAUUACAAGACCCACUUCUAGAGUUAAGAUUGGAGUGAAAACCCUGGUUCCAGUUCGAUGCAUGUCAAAUUCACCUAUUUCAUCACAGAAUGCAUCAAAAGAUCAAGUUCAACGGGGUAAACUACUAUCGUCAACUGAUGAUUUUUAUGGCGGUGUUAUAGUGGAAUUGGAUCAGCCUAUGGAUUCUACAAAGUUCGUCUUGAUUCUUAGAGCUUCAAUUUUACAUUGGAAGCAGCUGGGCAAGAAGGGAGUUUGGAUAAAAUUACCUAUCCAUCUAGUCAGUCUUGCUGAAGUUUUAGUUAAGGAAGGUUUUUGGUAUCACCAUGCAGAACCAAACUAUUUAAUGCUUGUAAAUUGGAUUCCUGAAACUCCAAAUACUAUUCCUGCAAAUGCCACACACCGGAUUGGCAUCAGUUCAUUUGUUGUGAAUGAAAAACACGAGGUACUAGUUGUUCAAGAAAAUAGUGGACAAUUUCAGGGAACCGGAGUUUGGAAAUUCCCUACCGGAGUUGUUGAUCAGGGAGAAGAUAUUUGUGUAGCAGCAGUAAGAGAGGUCAAAGAAGAGACAGGAGUUGAUUCAGAAUUUGAAGAAGUAUUAGCAUUCAGACAAAGUCAUAAUUCAUUCUUUGCGAAGUCAGAUUUAUUCUUUUUGUGUUUGUUGCGGCCCCUUUCUUCCGAGAUCCAAAUUCAGAACUUAGAGCUAGAGGGUGCUCAGUGGAUGCCAUUUGUGGAAUACACGGCUCAGCCAAUUAUGCAAAAGAGCGAUCUUUUGAAGUGUAUCAAUGAUAUUUGUUUCGCGAAGAUUAAUGGGCGAUAUUCUGGAUAUACUCCUGUAGCUACAAUAUCAAACUUCUCUGAUAAGCAGUUUUAUAUGUACUUGAAUGCUGGAGCGUUGAAAAAAUCCAACUCUUGA